CGUUACACUUGCUUUAAAUUUUGUGAAUCUGCUGCAGAUUGCAGCAUUCUCAACAUGAUCGUCUACUACAACACAAUCAAGUACACCGGACUGCUGUCCAAUUUUCUAUACAUGUUGCUGGCGAUUGGCGUCAUGUCUGCAGCGGGUCUGGGACUGCAAAUUGUUGAGCCGAAUACGCCGGAGCACACAUACUUCGUGGAGAGUCUUGUGCUGGGUGCAACCAUCUGCAUGAUUGUCAUAUUUGGCUGCUACGGCAUGGUCUGUGAUCUACUCAGUGUUAAUCUUAUUUUCACCUUCUUCAUACUGAUCGUGCUCGCCGUGGAGUAUCUGCAGGUGCACAACUAUCAGCCGCACACUCGUUAUAGUGAUGCCUGGCAGCAGCUGGAGUUGUCACUGGCUUGGCAAAACUUGGACAAGCAGCCAGAGCUGAUGCAGCACUUAGAACAACAACAACACUGCUGUGGCUACAACAAUGCCGAGGACUACAAGAAUUUACAUUUGCCAUUGCCAUCGAGCUGUUAUCAGCAGUCGCCGCAAAGCGAUGGCAGCACAAAAGUCAAGUUGAUUUCGCAUGGCUGCUUGGCAACUUUGAGCAACACCAAGCGCGGAAUUCUGCAUCGCGAUAAGCUGUUCAUGUGGUGCAUUGUUGGCCUUGAGGUCUUUAUACUGGUCCAAACAAUUUCAUUGAGUCUGCUGCUCUACAAGUUGCGCCAACGCGACAGACAGGCAAGGCAACAAGUGCCGCCAGGUGUGCGUCGCGAGCCACGUGCCAAUCAUGUGGGCUCCAGAGCCCAGCUGCUGGACAAUGUUUGAAAGCCAUUUAUCAUCAUCAUCAUUAUGCGUCGUGUGUUGUUUAGUGUUUAUUAUACGUGUUUGUCAAAUGCAUGGUAUAAAUCUAAGUUCUCUUUUAGUAGG